AGGAUCCUCUUCAUUGUCCCCAUCUAUGCGCUCGACUCAUGGCUUAGUCUCCUAUUCUUCAGAGACAACUAUUAUGUGUACUUCGAUAGUGUGCGGGAUUGGUAUGAGGCAUUCGUAAUCUACAACUUCUUGAGUCUGUGUUACGAAUACCUGGGAGGAGAGGGAAACAUAAUGACUGAGAUUCGUGGCAAACCCAUCCGCUCGAGCUGGUGGUACGGCACGUGCUGUCUGUCCGGUCGCACGUAUUCCAUUGGUUUCUUGCGGUUCUGCAAACAGGCGACCCUCCAGUUCUGUGCUGUGAAGCCCCUCAUGUCUAUCAUAACACUAGUGCUGCAGGCGGUCGGCAAAUACAAGGACGGGGACUGGAGUGCCGACUCUGGCUAUCUCUACAUCACAAUGAUAUACAACAUCAGUGUUUCUCUGGCUCUCUAUGGACUCGUGCUCUUCUAUCACGCGACUCGAGACCUCCUUUCGCCAUACGAUCCCAUCUGGAAGUUCUUUACUGUCAAAUCUGUUAUCUUCCUGUCCUUCUGGCAGGGUGUUAUUCUGGCGGUCAUGGAGAAGGCGGACUUGAUUUCACCCGUGUUCACAUACGACGGCGAGAGGGCCAGUGCCGGCACAGUGUCCGCUGGAUAUCAGAAUUUCCUAAUUAGUGUGGAAAUGUUUUUCGCGGCGUUGGCCCUGAGAUAUGCGUUCCCCUAUCAGAUCUAUUCGAGCGGGUGUUCGACUGACGGAAACGGCCGAUCGGUGACAAUGCAGAGCAUAUCAAGCAGUCUGAAGGAGACGAUGAACCCGCGGGACAUCAUGAAUGACGCCAUUCAUAACUUUCAUCCCAAUUACCAACAGUACACUCAAUACCAGUCGUCCACCAAAUCGACGAGUGGUUCCAACAAACCGGUGGGAGAGACGGGAGCGUUGAAUAAGUCGGGUGCUGUCAAUGAGCCCCAGAACGGCUACAACAGUGUGUCUAUCGAUGUGAACGCAAUGAACGGUGUGGUGAAUAUGGCGUCCACUGUAGAGCCCGAAGAGUCGGCCAAAACUGGCAAAAAGUCUACUCAACAACAGGGACGACAAAUACCAACGAUUAGUCAGAAUUAUACCGAAAAAACUACUUUAUUAUCGUCUGACGACGAGUUCCAAUGAAUUACAAACCAUUUAACACUUUAUUCUCUUUUCCAUAUUUUAUGAGAUAUUUAUUUGAAACCUAUUUGUCAGGAGUCAUGAAAGUUGUCAACAGAUAUACUAAUGAUUAUUACAAUUUAUUUAUUGAUUACAAAACUGUUUGCUUCUCAUGCGAUGAGAAACUGAGCUAAACCUUGGAGUAAAUUUUGUUUGAGAUCUGUUUUAUGUUUCAAAAGUUGAGCUGAAAUUUGAAUUUAAUACACAGUUAACUAUUAUAUUAAUUGUAAAUUAUUUUCAUUUUUUAAAUGUAGUUUUUGUGCAAUUUGUGAAUAUAUUUUAAGAUUAAUGAUUAAUGAAUUAUUGGCUUGAAUUCAAAGUUUGUGUCCAACAGUUGUCAACACAUAUGUGGCAAAGAAUUGUCAAAUGCAUAUGAGUUAGUAAUUUAUAAAUAAAACUGAGAUUUUGCUUAAUUCGCUAGAAUUGGUCACAAUUUGGCGAUUCUUUGCCCCAUUUGUCACAACAAUGCAAACUGUUGUCAAAUACCAAAGACUUAUAAAUAUAUUUAUUUAAACCUACGAUCAGUGAAAAUAUAUGUUAUUAUAUAAAUAUAUAUAAUUUAUAAGACUUUUCUAUUUUGAAUAUAAAUAUAGCUUUAGUUUUAUUGUAAUUCUCACUCUCUUUGGUAAUUGACAGAAACGGCCAUUAAAUUAGGAUUAAAUACUAUUACAACUUAAUUCAAACAGCUAUUAUUGAUGCUUAUUAUAGAGUUGAUUGAGAUUUCUGUUAAAUAUAUACAUAUAUUUACAUUACUUUAUAUUUCUAUCUCUUUCCAAUUAAUUUGUGAAUUAAAUGUAUUAUAAAAAUCGCUGUACUUUUAGAGUGUUGUUUCACUUCAACCCAAAGCCAUAUUUCGUUAAUAAAUU